GCAGCCAAGUGAUUUGGAUUUGGAGUCAGGUCAUUUGUAAAGCUGAGGUCUACUCGAUAAUAAUGGCGACGGUGAAAGACAGCGAUACAAAUCUCUGGCUUCACAACAAACUAGGGGACAGCGAAGAUCUGUGGUCCGGAAUCAGCAGUGUGGGUGCCCAACUUAAGGGGGACCUCCUCAAGAAUGUCUUUGCGUGUUUCAAAGGUCUUCACUCCACAGUGAAGCUGAAAAUGCUAAUGGCAAUCCUCCACAUGCCCAGGCGAAAUGUAGAUGAGUUUCAAGGUGAGUUAAAUGCCAUCAUCCACCUUGCCCGCAGCGACCCGGACCAGUGGGUGUCCAUCGUGGGCGACAUCCUGCAGACCUACCCGAGCACAGGUAGCCUGAAUCUGGAUGUAGAGGAGGAGCAUCAGUUUGUGGCGGAGGUAUUGUACGACCUGCGCAAACACAUGAGCGAAACAGACAGCAACAGCCUCCUACCACUGGAAUGCCAGUACCUGAAUAAGAACGCCCUCAAUCAGCUGGUGGGCAUGCAGGCUCCGCCCAUCAAACACUUCACCCUCAAGCGGAAGCCAAAAUCGGCUGCACUGCGAGCAGAGCUUCUUCAGAAAUCGGUUGAAGCGGCACAACAGACUAAGAAACAGGUGGGCUCCUCGACCGUUCCGACCAAGAACAGGACCAGAAAAAUGGAUGAUACUGCUCCUUUGAGGGGGAUCCCCAAGUCAACGACAGGAUUUCGAGCAGCGCCCUCGCUUCCUCGCACCAUCCCUCUCAACCGCAGAAUGGCUUUCAACCGGGAAGGGGGCACAAAGUUGUUGGACAUCACCGAGCAACCUCUUGGGGGAGCCAACAGGGAAGCUAAGAAACGCAAGAAGCAAGCAGAAUUGGAGGCCCAGGAGCAAGCCAAGAAGGACAAGGAGGCAGCCCAGGCGGCCACGCCCGACUACGCCGCCGCAUUCAUGUCCCCGGCGUCGGUCAAGCCCGCCACAACCACCAACCCGCUGGACAAGCUGGAGGAGACGGCUGCACCGUCUUACGCACCAGCGGCCAGUCAGAGCAAGCCCAGCAAGCCACCGUCCUCGCUCCUCAAGAACUUGGAACAGCCACUGUCCACCAAGACAGCACGAGACAACCUCCAGCACCAACUCCAACAGUCCCUGGAGCAGUCUGGCUUCAACCUCCAAAACCCGACAGUUACCGUCGCCCCAACACCUGCCACUCCGACUUCCCAACCACCGGUCAAGCCCCCACCCAAGCCUACCGUCACCAGUCCCACCUUCCAGCAGCCAGGGGCAUCGGUCGGGAUGACGCCUGUCCCACCCACGGCUGUGCCCGUCGAGCCUACGCCCCCCGCCCAGGUACCGCCAGCUGCUGCCAUGGCCGGUGCCAGCGGUGCCAGCGGUGCCCAGAAGAAGAACCUGUCUCUAACGAGAGAUCAAAUGGUGGCUGCCCAGGAGAUGUUCCGUCAGUCCAACAAGGUGACUCGCCCCGAGAAGGCCCUCAUUCUGGGUUUCAUGGCUGGCGCCAGAGACAACCCAUGUCCCCAGCAGGGUGACAUCGUCACAAUCCGCCUCAGCGAAAACCGCGAGAUGGUGCCGCGCGCCGACGAUCUGGGCACCGAUGAAAUGACAGUAGACACGUACUUUGAGAUGAACUAUGCCACAGGCAAAUGGAGACGGUACAAGAAGUACAGACCGCUCUGAACGAUCAUACUCACUGCCUUGCUCUGAAUCAAACCGCAACCUGCUGUAUCCUGUAUGUGCACGGACCCAUUGAGGGCGCUGUCUCUCUAAACAGUGCUGUGGUUCGUGGGAUCCCUGUUACUCUGUUUUCUGGCAAGAGGUUGCAGCAAACGGGUAACAAGGAGCUUUUAAACUGCAAAGCCUGGUGUAACGAUACAGCUCACUCCCAGGGACCCAUGUUAGGGUCCCUACGAGUGAAAUGAUCACAUUGAUUGUGCUGAGAGGUACAGAGAGAAUCGCACAUAGUGCAUCGUCACUGGUUCCAAGUGAAGUGUAUGCACCUUGGUGGUGCAUGAUCAGGUUACCGGGCAAUUAGCCCAAGUCAACAUUAAUAUGAAGUAGUUAAAAAUCACAGCUGCGCUUCUCUGGUUCAACAAUAGAGCUUGCAGUUUUCUCCAGUUCAUGCAGGACUUGCAGAGGAGUUUCAUCAAGAAUAUGGACAAAGGUACUUGUUUUCACACGUCUCCUCUCAUAAAUAGAUCAACACUUUAAAAAAGGCAAUUUCUAGCAGAUAUGUUGUCAGUAAGCUGUAACUUUGCUGUCAGUGUGUAAAUAAACAAUAUCAUAAUGUCAUAUCCUUU